ACUGUAAUCUAUCAACCAUAUACGUGCAAAAUUGGUGAGAUCUUGUGCGUCGUUAUGGGCAGAUAAAUAUUUUAUUGAUAUAGAUAUGGGCUGGAGCGUAACAAUGUUAAUAUUCGAAGGAGUAAGAAAGCGACAGAAGGGAUUUCGUCACUGUACUGAUUACACUGUAUAAACUGACUAAUAGAUGUAAACAAAUAUUUAUCAGAAGUUGGCAGCAGUAUUGAAUGAACAGCCAGCUGACCCAUCCGACGAGUUCGUCGAGUCGGCAUCAUGGGUGACGGCGAAAGGGAGCCUUUGUUGCAGAAAGACAGUAAUGAAGGUUAUUCAAAUGUUGCUGGUGGUUUUGCUCCAGGGGAGCAAGCAACUGUUUCACCCAUUGGUCCAGAUGAACUUCCACCCCCUUACAGGUAUUCGGGUGACUUCGUACCGACUGUUACGUGCCGAGUUUGUCAGUCCUUGAUUGACCUAACUGGCAAACGAAACCAGCAUGUGGUUAAAUGCCCCCAGUGCACUGAAGCGACUCCCAUUCGCAAUGCUCCGCCUGGAAAGAAAUAUGUUCGCUGUCCAUGUCAUUGUUUACUGGUAUGCAAAAGUUCGUCUCAGAGAAUUGCUUGUCCACGGCCCAACUGUAAAAGAAUUAUUAAUCUGGCACCAAGCCCAGUUACACCACCAAUAACAACAAUGCCAGGGAUGUGCCGUGCAGCUUGUGCUCACUGUCAUGAUACUUUCUUGUUCAACACUUUUGUGAAUGCACUUGCCAGGUGUCCCCAUUGUCGCAAAGUGUCAUCGGUGGGCCCAGAUUUUGCUCGUUCUCGGGGAAUAUUGUUUCUUGUUCUUUCUGUAAUUUUCUUGGCUGUUGGCAUUGGCGUUACGGUUGGCACAUACAAAUUGGCUGCUAGGAAUGGUGGUAUAUAUGUUGCUUAUGUUGGUGCGUUUCUGCUGGCCCUAUUAGCUUUGGCUCGUUCAAUUUACUUUUUUGCCAUGAAGGUGAGUUUGAUUGAGGGUCCUAUGUAAAGCCAAUCUGGAAGGAGUAUACACAUUCCGAGAGUGCGAUACAGAUAUGAUGGUGCAUGUGGAAUUCACCAGCCAGCAAGACCCUCUGCUUGUUACUUACAUAUGUAAGUCAGAUUGGUCAGUGUUGGUGAUUUGAUGUGCAAAUGAGUAUGUAUAAAUCUUGUCUCAUAUGUUGGCAGUUCUUGGGGGGCACACAAGUGUGUGCCUUUAUUGUAAUAAAGUGUUUAGCUUUCUUUACCACACCAGUGGAAAAGUAUUUGGCUUCAUGUUACUCCAUUGUAUUUUGCUUGGAAUUAUAUUAAUAUUUUAAUUAUUUAAGAUGCAGUUUAUGGACAUAGACUUAAUUCAGUGUACAUUGAAGAAAAUAAUUGUGCUGAUUGAUAUUCUGAUAGCAGUAUUGUAUGUAAACUCCAGAUCUAAAAGACUGUUAAUUGGAUUUAUGUAAUCAGUUUGUGCUUUCCAAAUAUGGAUGUGUUGAGCAGAGAAGAUUAUUUAUUUUGAACUUUUCUUGUGAUAUAAUAGAUCAUUUGUAUACAUUUUGUAUUAUGAAGUCCUGUUUCCUUUUCCAUGAUUUUGUACAUGUAACAGAUGUAAUUUUACUGUAAUGAAAGUUUUAUUGGGUGAAAAUGGUUUUAUUGUAUUUCGUUUUUUAUUGAUUUUGCCUCUUCAAUACUCCCUGCUCUUUUCCAGACCUACUUUAGUUUGAAAUGAUGGUAAGGCUAUUUGAAGAUAUAUUAACUUGUUUUUAUAAUGUGCAUUAAUUUCUCCUAAAUAUCGGAGGAAAAUUCAGUGCAAACUGAAUUAUUUUCAUUGAGUUAAGGAGAAAUUUUUGUUUCUGCACUUGACCAAGAAACUUAUCUUGCAGAGGGUCUUGCAUAAAUCAGUUGGAAUUUAUAAAUUGUAAAUUUGUACCUAGCUUUUAAGAAUAAUUCUGUGCAUAUUAUGCUACAUGCUUAACUAUUAGUCAUGUAGCAAAGUAGAGGAAUAUAGUUAAAAUAGAUACAGCACUGAGCUUUCAGUAAGUACAAGUAAUUUGUUAAGAUGCAGGGAUGACGUAUUUGACAAUGUAGGAAAUGUUACUUUUCCAAUGUUCAACCAGUAUGUAUUACCUGUCUUCAGAAUGUUUGCCAUAAAAACCUGUUAAAGUGUGAUGGGAAGACGAAUUUGCAGCCAUUACAUACUCCAACUAUUUCCCUCCUGUGAAUUAAGGUUGCAUUCUAAACAUUCUGGUAGAAGUCACUUGCCAGUAAAAUAUUGUUGGCUGUCAUCUUUUUUGUGCCUUGAUAGGAAUGAGGAAAAUGUGCUGUGAUGGCUUACUUAGCAUAUUUCUACAAGCAAUCUGGUGUAGUUGAAAAUGCAAAUGUCUUUCUUCCACAUUCAAAAUUAUGCAAGGAAGUAUGUUGGUUUUAUUGUAUCUUAACAUAAUAUGUUGCUUCCUGAAAGCUUGGCCUCUAUUACUGAAAAGUAAUAAAGAUCUUGAAAUUUUUGUAAAUCUAAGUUUCUGCCUUUUUCAAAUCUAAUAAUGUAAUAUAAUACUUCGGUAAAUCUUAAUUUUUUUCAAAGUUGUGUAUUUGGAUCAUUGUUUUUAUAAAUAAGGUCCACAAUGUUUUUUUUCAUUAUUUGUAAUAGUAGGCAAAAACUGUUCAUGUUAAUUUUAUUUUGAAACCUUCAUGACAACUUCAGUUAAACUAAGACUAAAAUAGUCUUCAAGUUUUUUCUGCACAUCAAUGCAUUGUAUUACAUGAAAUUGCUUCAUUGUUUUGAUAUUUGUUUAUAUAUGUAUAUCAAAAUAUACACUAUAUAAAUAUAAACAUUCACGUGUGUAUGUAUAUGAAACAAAUAUCUUAACACAGGACAGACAACCUGAAAAUUUGUAUGUGUAUAUAAUAAGAUUUGUGUUUAUGACAUCAAAUAUUACUGUACAACCAAUCAGAAACUCAAGGUUUGGGAUUCAUGUGGUGAAUUUGUGAAGUAGUCUCAUAUUAAUUCUUUUCAGUAAUAAUAAGCAAGUGAUUUUUCUUUCAAAAAAAUAUCUGAAAAUUUUUCCAACCUCAAGAAUUGUUACUAGAACUGAAGUUUUGCCCAUCAUGGAAAUUUUCCGUGAUAAAUGAUACACCAAAGCUUUAUCUAGGUGUACAUUAUUGUAGGUUCAAAGAACUGUCCAUUUUGAAAUUAUUUAUGCUUUCUGAAGUCCCAGCCUUGCUAUGUUUUUGUACAUUGCAUGAUUUUGUGUAAUAUUACAACCACCUAUGUAUUUGAUGGAAUAUAAAACUGAAUAUAUUGUGAUAGUCUUAUGUUUUAAAUAUUUGUGAAAUAAAUAAUUUCAAAUAGUGUUACAAAUUUGUUUUUUGAUGUGUAAAGUUACUUAGGAGAAGAAAUUGGAGUAUUAAAUUGUUUGAAUUCUUAUUUGUCAUUUUUAGGAAUUGCUUUCAUAUGUAUUCAAGAAUAUAGUAAGGUGUAUGCCUUAGUAAUCUUUGGAUAUAGUUAACAAUUUAAUAUUUACAAUACUUAUCUGAACAGAUUUUAUGCUCGCAUGUUAUUCCAAUUAUAGUGAUUUAAACAUUUUGACUCGCAAAACAAAGUCCGGCUCUACUUUCACAACACAUUCUAAUAACUCAGGAAAGAAAAAAAGAGGAAAGUUUACUUUUCCAAAGGGAGCAACCUCAAGCUCUAGGGGUGGACGAUACCUACCGUCCCCAUGUUAAUUCUCAUUCAGUGUGUUUGUCACAGAUCAGUGUGUGUAUGAAGAUAACAUGAAAACAGGAAUAUUCCUUUUAAAGGAUGAAUGUGUGACAAUACAGAAUUUCUUUCACAUUAUACAGAGAGCUUAUUUUCAAUUUAAUUGUGACUUCUGACGUUUGAUCAGUAGGAAUGCAAUUAUCCAGUUGGGAGCUUCAGUAUGAAAAAUUAAUGACGAUUGCAAUUGGAUAAUUGAACGCAACUGAUCAGAAGUCGGAAGUUGGUCUAUAAAUUGAAUUAUAUAUUGUCAUACUAAAUGCAAGAUAGCCCUAAUUUGAAUGUUAUUUGACCUAUUUGUUCAAAUUAUCAUUACAGAAAACUUUCAUUUUAAUUUUUAAAAGCAAACCGUAUUUUCUAUGGUAUAAUAUUGAAUUAAUGUGUCUAUUCCUUAACCCUUGAGCAGACACUUGAAGUUAGUAUAUUAUGUAAGUAGUUACACUAGUUUCUAUGUGCACCACUAGUAACGUUUUUUUGUGUAUCCAAUAAUUACAGAACUGCAUUUUGUAGCUCUAUUAAGUGAGUUUUCAUUUCAGUUUUUGUUACUUGGUGGAUGGAGCUCUAGGAUAGGAAGACACUAAAAUAAAAUAGGCAGUAACAAAAGAAAUUAUGAUAAUUUUUAUUGCAUCCUCCAUCUAUUACGUAAUAUGAAAAUUAAAGUAUGUGGUGUACUUUGUUUUCUAAAAGACAUGUUUAUUUCAUUUCAUUAUUUGACAUUCUAUAAUAAAUUAUUUCAAUGUAAAAAAAAAUUGUGAUUUCUUUCUGGAUAUUGGUGAAUAUUGAUCAAGAUGUAGCUAGGAACAUUUUAUCAUUCUUUAGGUCCUUUAUAUAUCUGGUUGGAGAUUGCCACAAAUAAAAUGAUGUAUUUUAA